UCAGGACCAGAUCCUGUUUUGGCCUGUGCUGACCUGUGACGAAAUGGGCGAUCAACAUGAUAAAAGGCGAUGGAAGCGCGAUGUUAAAACUGCCAAACUGCCAAACUGCCAAACUGACAAACUGCUACACUGCUAAACACUGCUCUGACCGUCAAUUAAGCCGUCAACUACUCGAACCCAAAAAACACGCCAAAAUGCCCACCAUGCUCGGCCUCACCAACGACAAAUCCGCCUCACCCAAGCCAAAAGAGGAAAAGAAGAAGCUUGACACGAUCCAGCGCCGCAACGUCAACGACGCACUCACAAUGGAGACGCUCCUCUGGCGCGCCAUGUGCGACGACCCGGCCAGCGCGGGCGAGUACAUCGCCGAUGACUGCGUCAUGCUCAACCCCGUCAACUUUGGCACCGACGAAAUCAUGGAGGGCAAAGACGCCAUCGUGCAGGCCCUCCACAACGGCGACAAGUGGGCCGGCUUCAAGAUGCAGGACGACAAGCAGGUGGCCAAGGCGGGCCUGAUGGCCGUCGCCGUGCUGUACAAGGUCGCCCUGUUCAAGCAGACCAGCAAGGGGCCAGAGCAGGUGGAUGCCAUGGUGAACUCGACCUGGCGGCAAAGCGCGGGGGCGGACUGGUUUCUGGUCAGCCAGCUGGUGGCGUUUGCGGAUUAGGAGGCGUUUGGCUUAAGCGAUAUCUGGGUGCGGUCUCAUGUAACAGUCACAACAGUCUCUUGUAAUAGCUAAUUAAUUUAUCUACUGUCUUCACCA